AAUAAUGGCGUGGCGAUGGCGGGGGGCUACCGCUGUCUGCCCAAGUUCCGCACCAGAGACCCACCUGUGAAGCAUCGACGGAGAGUCGGUUCCCCAGUCUUCUUCUUUUCAUGGAUGUGAUGAUAAUUUCUUUCAAUCUCCGCUGAGACUCCGCCGCUCUUCAAACUGUGAGAAACUACUGGCUUGAAGCUGGAACCUUUGUCAUGUCGUUACUGUGUGUCAGAGUGAAGAAAGCCAAGCUCCAGGGACCACCAGAUAAGUUCAACACCUAUGUGACGCUGAAGGUGCAGAAUGUCAAAAGCACGACCAUCACCGUGCGUGGCGAUCAGCCCUGCUGGGAGCAGGAUUUCAUGUUUGAAAUCAACCGGCUGGAUCUCGGCCUCAUCGUCGAGGUUUGGAACAAAGGCCUUAUCUGGGACACCAUGGUGGGAACCACCUGGAUUCCUCUGAAGAGUAUCCAUCAGUCAGAAGAGGAGGGUUCAGGUGAGUGGCUUUACCUGGAUGCAGAGGUCCUCAUGAAAGCAGACGAGAUCUAUGGUACCAAGAACCCAACGCCUCAUCGCCUCCUACUGGACACUCGCUUCGAACUGCCUUUCGACAUCCCAGAUGAUGAGGCGCAGUACUGGACCGGGAAGCUGGAACGUAUCAACACCAUGGGGAUCCAUGAUGAGUACCCUCUUCAGGAUGAUGUUCAGAGUCGCCCACUCCCAUUUGCAGCCUCCCAGUGCUGCAACUAUUUCGGAUGGGCUGACCCACUGACUUUGGAUGACCAUGACAGUGCUGUGGAUGACCGGGACAGCGACUACCGCAGCGAGACCAGCAACAGUUUGCCUCCGCGCUACCACACGACAGCGCAACCCAACUCGUCCAUGCACCAGUACCCCAUGGGGCCCCGGCCGCAGCACCACACCGACUGCUGCACGGACUCCAUCCACAGCUUCGACCUGGACUACAGAGACCACAGAGGGAGCAGUCCAGUGGAAAGUAGUCGCUUUGGCUCAUCAGGAAACCUGAGCCAGAUCAGCUCCCAGCUUAGUGAGACUGGCCAGAGCACCGGAGGCUCCGAACUGGAGGAGUCCUUCCACUCCUACCACAGUACCGGCUUUCACCCCUCCACAAAUGGGCUGCCGCGUACAAAUGGACAUCCUUCCACCAACGGGCACUCAACGGUCAGCGAGCAGGAGAUUCGUCGGAUGUCCCCUGAAGUUGGCAGAACCUUGAAAAUUGACCCUCCAGCAGAGAAAGGAUCUUCUAAACACCAAAGAUUCCAUGAUGAUGGCCCGCCGCUACCCUUUACCCCUUCGAGACUUCGCUGGUUGAAAGCCAUUAAUAAAGUCAGGCUUCAGCUGCGUGAGGUUCGCGAUGAGGAGCCUGGUACGAGGCAGGCCUGGGUCAAACCAGGUGGUGGGUCUGGUCUGUAUGGAAUUGACAGCAUGCCGGACCUGCGGAAAAAGAAGCCCAUCCCUUUGGUCAGCGAUGUGGCUAUGUCUCUGGUUCAAGCCAGGAAGGCUGGAAUCGCCUCUGCGAUGGCUGCGCGAUCCUCAAUCAAGGAUGAGGAGCUGAAAAACCAUGUCUAUAAGAAGACCCUCCAGGCUCUGAUUUACCCCAUCUCCUGCACCACGCCGCACAACUUCGAGGUGUGGACAGCCACGACGCCCACGUACUGCUACGAGUGUGAGGGGCUGCUGUGGGGAAUCGCCCGCCAGGGCAUGCGCUGCUCUGAGUGUGGGGUCAAGUGCCAUGAAAAGUGCCAAGAGCUGCUGAAUGCUGACUGUCUCCAGCGCGCUGCGGAGAAAAGCUCAAAGCACGGAGCUGAAGACCGGACGCAAAAUAUCAUCAUGGCCAUGAAGGACAGGAUGAAGAUCAGGGAAAGAAACAAGCCAGAAAUCUUUGAGCUGAUUAGAGAAGUGUUUAUCAUUAGUAAAGCCAUCCAUGCACAGCAGAUGAAGACCAUCAAGCAGAGUGUGCUGGAUGGCACUUCAAAGUGGUCGGCCAAGAUCACCAUCACAGUUGUGUGUGCCCAAGGACUUCAAGCAAAAGACAAAACAGGAUCAAGUGAUCCGUACGUCACUGUUCAGGUGGGCAAGACCAAGAAACGGACCAAGACUAUCUACGGCAACCUUAAUCCAGUCUGGGAGGAGAAGUUCCACUUUGAGUGCCACAAUUCUUCUGACCGGAUCAAAGUGCGUGUGUGGGAUGAAGACGAUGAUAUCAAAUCCCGAGUGAAGCAGCGUCUAAAGAGGGAGUCUGAUGAUUUCCUGGGACAGAGUAUCAUAGAAGUGCGAACGCUGAGCGGAGAAAUGGACGUCUGGUACAACCUCGAGAAGAGGACGGACAAGUCAGCCGUGUCGGGUGCCAUUCGUCUCCAGAUCAACGUGGAAAUCAAGGGAGAGGAGAAAGUGGCUGCUUAUCACGUGCAGUACACCUGCUUGCAUGAGAAUCUGUUCCACCAUUCCACUGAUAUGCUCGGUCAAGGAGUGGUGAAAAUCCCAGAGGCUCGAGGAGACGAGUCUUGGAAAGUCUACUUCGACGACGUCGCUCAGGAAAUAGUGGACGAGUUCGCCAUGCGCUACGGGAUCGAGUCAAUCUACCAGGCGAUGACGCACUUUGCCUGCCUGUCAUCUAAAUACAUGUGUCCUGGAGUUCCUGCGGUCAUGAGCACCCUGCUGGCCAACAUCAACGCCUUCUACGCCCACACAACCGCCUCCACCAACGUGUCCGCCUCAGACCGCUUCGCCGCGUCCAAUUUUGGGAAAGAGCGCUUUGUCAAGCUCCUAGACCAGCUCCACAACUCUUUGCGCAUUGACCUUUCCACUUAUCGGAAUCACUUUCCUGCCAGUAACAAAGAUCGCCUGCAAGAUUUGAAAUCCACAGUAGAUCUCCUCACAAGCAUCACCUUCUUCAGGAUGAAGGUCCAGGAGUUGCAGUCUCCGCCCCGGGCCAGCCAGGUUGUGAGAGAUUGCGUGAAAGCCUGUCUGAACUCCACGUAUGACUACAUCUUCAACAACUGCCAUGAGCUGUACAGCAGACAGUACCAACCUGCAGACACAAACAAGGAGGAGCUGCCUUUGGAGGAGCAGGGUCCGAGCAUCAAGAAUUUGGACUUCUGGCCCAAACUCAUCAUGCUGAUUGUCUCCAUCAUUGAAGAGGACAGGAAUUCAUACACACCUGUGCUCAACCAGUUUCCUCAGGAGCUGAAUGUCGGGAAGGUGUCAGCGGAGGUCAUGUGGACGUUGUUUUCCCAAGACAUGCUGUACGCUAUGGAAGAGCAUGAAAAGCACCGACUGUGCAAGAGCACAGACUACAUGAACUUGCACUUCAAGGUCAAGUGGCUCUACAACGAGUACGUCAAGGAGCUGCCGGCUUUUAAAGACGUCGUUCCUGAUUACCCAUCGUGGUUUGUACAGUUUGUGCUGCAGUGGCUGGAUGAAAAUGAGGACGUAUCGAUGGAGUUCAUGCAUGGAGCCUUGGAGAGAGACAAAAAAGAUGGAUUCCAGCAGACGUCUGAGCACGCUCUGUUCUCCUGCUCGGUGGUCGACAUCUUCACCCAGCUCAACCAGAGCUUCGAAAUCAUCAAGAAGCUGGAAUGUCCCGACCCGAACGUCAUGGCUCAGUACAGCCGCCGCUUCUCCAAGACAAUUGCCAAAGUUCUCCUGCAGUACAGUGCCAUUCUGACCAAGAGUUUCCCUGCUUAUAUCGACAAGGAGAAGAUUCCCUGUGUGCUGAUGAAUAACGUGCAGCAGUUAAGAAUCCAGCUGGAGAGGAUGUUUGAGUCGAUGGGCGCCAAACAGAUGGACACAGAGGCCAGUGACCUGCUGAACGACCUGCAAGUGAGGCUGAACAACGUGCUGGACGAGCUCAGCAGCACGUUCGGGAACAGUUUCCAGAGUCGUAUCAACGACUGCAUGCGGCAGAUGGCGUCUCUGCUGUACCAGAUCAAAGGCCCGCUCAACGCAAACACCAAACCCCAGGUGGAGGCCGACUCUGACAACAUGUUGCGGCCACUGAUGGACUUCCUGGAUGGAAAGCUGACUCUCUUCGCCACGGUGUGUGAGAAGACAGUCCUGAAGCGUGUGCUGAAGGAGCUGUGGAGGAUCGUCAUGAGCAGCCUGGAGAAGACGAUCGUCCUGCCGCAGGGCAACGACACUUUUGGAGCACAGAUCCUCUCAGCUGCUAAAGAACUGGGUCAACUCUCCAAACUGAAGGAUCACAUGGCGGGGGAGGCGAGGAGCCUGUCUCCCAGGCAGUGUGCUGUCAUGGACGUGGCGCUGGACACGAUCAAGCAAUAUUUCCACGCCGGGGGGAACGGCCUGAAGAAAACUUUCCUGGAGAAGAGUCCCGAGCUGUCCUCGCUCCGCCACGCUCUCUCCCUCUACACCCAGACAACAGACACACUCAUCAAGACCUUUGUGACCACGCAGCACGCCCAAGUGCACAAUGGAAAGGGUAUUAGGUUAACUCCCAAUGAAAAAAUACAGCCCAGCAGGGGUUCCGGUGUGGACAAGCCCAUCGGAGAGGUGUCGAUCCAGAUUGAGCUGUACACUCAUCCAGGGAACGGAGAGCGGAAAGUUACAGUCAAAGUUGUGAGUGCCAGCGACCUGAAAUGGCAGACGUCCGGCAUGUUCCGACCCUUCGUGGAGGUCACCAUGAUCGGACCCCACCUCAGCGACAAGAAACGCAAAUUCCAGACCAAAUCCAAGAACAACAGCUGGUCCCCCAAAUUCAACGAAACCUUCCAUUUCGUUCUGGGAAAGCAGGACGGGUUCGAGUGCUACGAGCUUCAGGCCUGCGUCAAGGACUACUGCUUCGGCCGCGCGGACCGAGUGGUGGGCUUGGCCGUCAUCCAGCUGAGGGACAUCAUGGAGAAGGGCAACUGCGCCUGCUGGUGCCCGCUGGGUCAGCGCAUCCACAUGGACGACACGGGGCUCACCGCCAUGCGCAUCCUGUCGCAGCGCUCCGGCGACGACGUGGCCAAGGAGUUCGUCAGGCUGAAGUCGGAGACCCGGUCGGCGGAGGAGGGCAGAUGAGGGGGGGGUGCGGAGGUCGGAGGGUUUCCACGCGUCGCCCCCUUCUGCACGCUCUCCAAAAACACUCGUCGCUUACCGGGCGACGCCCGGCCGCCGGCUCGCUCAACCGUCCCGCUCACAGCUGUUCCACCACUUUACACCGCCAUUUAACCUUCGUCCAUCAGCAGAAGAGGAUGCCGUGUUCCCUCACCUCACCUCACCCCCCCCCCCCCCCCCCCCCCCCCCCGUGAUGUUGUGCAAUAACCCCCCCUCUUUAACCCUCUCCAGCCGUGGCCAAGCGUUUUCAUGCCUUACACUCUGUGAGUUCAGUUCUGUCGUUCAGACAAAUCAAGUCGGUGUGAAGCAAUUUUAUGUCACACUGAACAACUGGAAGGUGAUUUACAGCAGUUCUAGCCUGAUCAGUUAAAUGUGUGCCUUUUCCGUUUGCUCUUUCUCCCAAACAGUCCUAAACAUAGAACUCAACAGCCGCCGAUUUGGACCGUCUCAUCAGACUCUGGCCCUGCCUGUUGUGUUCUGGCCAUAUUUAUUUAUUUAUGAUCUCAGCUCUCGGCAAAAGUAGAACCACAGCAGUUAUAGGCAUUUUAUUUAUUUUUUAUAUAUGUAUUUAUUCUUAUCUGUGAUCGAAAGUGUUGUUUACUGCCAGAGACGGAUGAGUCUGAGUAUUUGCACAGUGGAAAACAAUGAGUGUGUGUUUUGAUCGCAAAGCAGGUGAUGUUUGUCCAUGAAUGGGGGGGGGGGAAAUAAUAAUCAGGAAGCGAUCCAGUACCAUCUCAUACUUCCAAAUUAAAUAUCAGAACAUUUGGAUACAAGUUCAUGAGGACCAGAGACAUAUUUCUGGUUUACAUGGAUCAUCCUGCUGUUUUAUUCUACUUUGUAUACGUGGCCUUACUUUGGUAAACGUGGAUCUUUUUACUGUUUUUUUUUUUUUUUUAACUUCAAAAAGGAUGACUAGUCACUCAUCUGUCUGUAAUUCAUGUCAAAGUGAUUUCCCUUAUCAUUUUGUAUUUUUUAAUCUUGAUUUUCUUUGCAAUAUUGUAGCGAUACUCUAUCCUCUUUUGCAAUCGGUUUUAAUCAGUGCUUUGUAAAUGUUCCCCUUCUCCUACUUUAACAGGUUUAUAUUCAGUGCCAUGUGUGUUGGUGAAUCUCUUCUUUAUAUUAAAAUAAUGCUCUUUAAUGAAGGAUGAAUAUUACUAUAAAUUACCCUAAAACACGCCCAGUUUUUAACACUGAUCACACCGUAGAAACCACACUUUCUUCUUUCUUACAGUGUAUUUAUCCCCUGUGGAUCAUUAUUUAUGAGCACCAAUGUUUAAUAGUCAUUCUUGACAUACACCUUCCUUGUGCCAAGUUACAAGUUUUUUUUAUUGUCAUGACGAUCAAUGUUCUAGAUUUGUUCACCCUUGCCACGUUCACCCCGUCACAGGAAACAAGUGCAGCCUGUCAGCCGCAUUUCUGUGCUGUUUCUUCGUUUUGUCACUGCUCUGAAAUGUUGGUGUCACCAUGUAAACAUCCCCAUAAAUAAAUUUUGU